AUGCCACCACAACUCAUCUCAACGAGUCGCCUCUUCACACACCAACAUCGAUCACUCCAUGGCCACCUCGAAACCACCGACAACCACUCUAAAAUCUUACCAUAUUCUAUCUCGCAGGUUUCGUUGUCUUUGGCGGUUGCAGUUGUGGCCGACCAGACCUCACACGUCAGCAUCAGUCUCGGCGGUGCUCCUGCUGUCAGCCAUCACAGCUCCUCUCACCACGCACGCACUUCAUACAACCAUCAACCUACAUACCACAGGCAGUCCGCUUACCAUCCACAACCUUCCUACCACCCUGCUCCCGCUUAUCACCCACAACCUUCCUAUGAGCAUGAACAUGAGCCUGUUGUGCCUGAAUGUGCUGCCAACACAACCAAAUCAUGGUGCCUCCAAGACGAUCACUAUCCUACCUACGAGAUCAAACACGCAGCCGAGUAUCACUACAAGAAGCUUCUCUCCCUCUAUGUUGACGUAGCCAACCUCAACACCGAGCUAUCUGUGGACCGACCAAACACCCUGAAUGAGGAAACUUACUUGUGCCCAUCAGAGACCGCUUACAUCAGGCCCCUUCGUGCCCAGAACAUCGAGGGAAAAUGGCGUGUCGUUUUAAACAAUAUCGAUGCCCAUUAUCAGACUCUUACUCAGACUACACGCAUCGAAGAGUGCCUUACUUCCCCCGAUGCAUGUCCUCUUGUGCCUGACUGCUACGAGUCCAAGUGUCUGCAGAAGUCUAUCUACCACCGAUUCCUUGUCUACAACCCCUAUGAUCAGUACUUCCCCUUCGCCAUCGAGACAUUCAAGCUUCCCGCCAGCUGUGCUUGUCUGUUGGGUGCCUACACCAUCGAUCAUUAG